UGUUUGUGUGUGUUUUUGUGUGUCUGCAUCGUAUAAGAGCCGCCGAGCUUCUGAUGUCCUGCCCACUGUCAGAGCUGAGCACGCGCCGCUAGUGCGAGGCUGUCACCUCCCCAUCAGUCGUCAGGGAGGCGGGCUGCACUCACCGGGGGACUCGGCGGCAUCUCCGAGGUUCGGGAAAGUUCUGUCCGAUCUGAAGACCAUGCAGUUGGAGAACAUCCUUCCCAGCUCCAGCAUCAACUUACCCAAGACCUUCUACAACCUGUCCUCCGCGGACAGCGGCGACCACAGCCCGCGGCCCACCGCGCAGCUCGACUACCCCGAGGUGGAGCGGCCGGAGUCCGAGAGCAGGAGCGCGCCGAAGAAGUUCCUGGGCGGCGUGGGCACCGGGAUGCUGGGCGAGGGAGAGGGGGACGCUUUUAGCAAGGCCGACGGCCGGAAGGGCUCCCCGGGGCUGGGUGAGGACGAGCUGGCGAGCGGCCGACGGUACAACAUAGACGAACUUGGCUCUGACCGCUACUUCAUCUCGUCAUCCCAGGCGAGCUCGGACAUGGCCAACCCCUGCUCCCUCUUCCCCUACACCGGACAGAGCGGCUCGGUGUACGCCGGCUCGGGCAGCUCCAGGUACCCGGCCUCGCUCCAUUACGGCUCCGUGCUGCCGCCCGCGGGCUUCUCCUCCCCGUCCGUGUGCAGCGGGCGGGGUCAGUUCGGCGGCGGCGGGUACCAGUUCAGCCAGGGUCCGGGCUGCUUGUACCCGUCCUACCCCGGGACGGGGGCGGCCAUCGGCUCCAUGUCCCUGCCCGGCUCUGCCGCCGGGGCCAGGGCGCAGGUCUACCUGUGCAACCGGCCUCUCUGGCUGAAAUUCCACCGACACCAGACCGAGAUGAUCAUCACCAAGCAGGGCAGGCGGAUGUUUCCUUUUCUCAGCUUCAACAUCACCGGACUCAACCUCACGGCCCACUACAACGUCUUUGUGGAAAUUGUUCUGGCCGACCCGAACCACUGGCGCUUUCAGGGGGGCAAGUGGGUCACCUGCGGGAAGGCUGACAACAAUAUGCAAGGUAACAAAGUCUACGUUCAUCCUGAAUCCCCAAACACCGGCGCUCACUGGAUGAGGCAAGAAAUCUCCUUCGGCAAGUUGAAGCUGACCAACAAUAAAGGAGCCAACAACAACAACACGCAGAUGAUCGUCUUGCAGUCGCUUCACAAAUACCAGCCGCGGUUGCACAUCGUGGAGGUGACGGAGGACGGCGUGGAGGACAUGAGCAACGAGGCCCGAACCCAAACCUUCACCUUCCCGGAGAACCAGUUUAUAGCCGUCACAGCUUACCAGAAUACAGAUAUCACGCAGCUGAAGAUCGAUCACAACCCAUUUGCUAAAGGUUUCCGGGAUAACUACGACUCGAUGUACACGGCCCCCGAGAGCGACCGGCUGACUCCGUCCCCGACAGACUCCCCCCGCUCCACGCAGAUCGUCCCCGGCGCUCGCUAUGCCAUGCAGCCUUUCUUUCAGGACCAGUUCGUCAACAACCUGCCUCAGAACCGAUUCUACACCGGGGAGCGCACCGUCCCCCAAACCAACAGCCUUCUCUCGCCACAGACCGAGGACGCUGGCGCCGCCGCCUCCGCCCAGCGCUGGUUCGUGCCGCCGGUGCAGCAGCCGGGCUCCAACAAGCUGGACCUGUCCUACGAGAAUGACUAUUCCACCAGCAGCCUGCUGUCGUACGGCAUCAAACCUCUGUCCCUGCAGACGUCCCACGCGCUCGGCUACUACCCAGACUCCGCCUUCGCCUCCAUGGCUGCAGGCUGGGGCACCAGGAGCUCCUACCAGCGCAAAAUGACCACGGGCCUGCCCUGGUCCCCCCGCCCCAGCCCGCCAGCCUUUUCCGAGGACCAGCUGGGGGUCACGAAAGACAAGCUGCCCGAGGAGAACCUGCCGCCCACCUCCACCUGGAUCGAGACGUCCGGCUCGCUGAAAUCGGUGGACUCUAUCGAUUCUGGUGUCUACUCCAUGGUGUGCAAGAGACGCAGGAUGUCGCCCGGGGGCUCGAGUACGGAAAACUCCCCCACCAUCAAGUGUGAGGACUUGAGCACAGAGGAAUACAACAAGGACAAUCCAAAAGGUGCCAAAGCUUAGUGUCCCCCCCUCCCAAGCAAGCUGAACAUGGUUAUUUUUCCAGGCCAGCCCCCCUCCCUCUCAAAACAUGCAUAGUGGUUGUUGUUUUGGUUUUAUUAUGAAAAAAAAGCAUGUUUGACAAUUAUUUUGAAACUUCUUUUUUAUUUUAAACCGAUGUGGACCCCCCCCCCCACUGCAUAUUCAAUCAUAUCAUUUUUUGUUGUACAGUAUUUGUGCACUUUAGGAUGUGAUGUAUCUUGUACUGUACAAAUUGUCUUCAUGGAAGUGGUAUUAAAUGGACAAAUAAAAUUGCUUUUCAUAAA